AUGUCAGCCAUUGGGUUUGCAAAAUCCCAGCCUUGUUUCUGGCUCUCAAUCGCAUAUUCCCUCACCCGGCUUGACAUGAUGAAGGCUAAGAUUUGGCGGAAUGUCUGGAGGCGGCCGCCUCUGGCUUGUUUCGACGGCCUUGCCUUGUGUUCGCCGAAACGAGGCUGCGAGGUUGCUUACUUGCGCGUGCAGAUUGCACAGCCUUCUUCGCAUGCUGUUCCACUUAUGCAGUAUCUUGGACGGAGUAAGAGGGGUUUGAUGACAGGCUGCUGCUCUGCUUAUGCCCAUUUCACCAUGCUCCAUACAUGA